UGUAAUGGUUGGGUUAAAUGCGAGUGAGAGGAGGCGUAGAGAGUCGAUCACACAUCCGGACAUUGUCAACAUGGCCGCUACCACACAGGUCUCGUGUGAGGAUAUCACGGACACACUACAGGCCAUGCGGGCCAUUGAUGACAAAAUCAUAUACGAGCUGAAUGUGGCCACUCCAACACAGUCAUUCAGAAAUGAAGUGGAUCCGUCAAUUCACUGCAAGAGUUUAUAUGAUCAAAUCUUAAAUAAGAUAUAUGAUCAAAGAGAUUCGAUGAUUGAAACCUGUUUAAGUGAAUCAAAGAUGAAGCUAAGAAGUAUACAGCUAGAGGCCAGUCACAAGCUGGAUGAUCCUCGUAUUUUGAGACGUCUUCGUACCGAACAGAGUAAGAUUCGAGAGCUGCAAAAUGAAGUAACUAUUGAAGAAAUUAUUCGAGAGCGGAGUUUAAAAGUAUUUGAAGAAAGAUGCCGCCAGUACUAUAAGCCUCCCAAACCUGAAUGACAUAAUAGUUCCUUAGGGGAUUUAUGACCCAAGUAUUGGUCAAGUCCAUAGAACAGUACAAUUGUCACUUGUAUCUUCUCUUAAGGUCCAAUAGGAGAAUGUAGAUUGAAAUAUAAAUACAAUUUUACUAAAAUGGUCAGUCUGCAUUAUCUAAAUAUUAAUAUUUUGUGACCAAAUUCCCUGUUUGUUUGGCAGCUGAUGCCACUGUGCUAUGGCAACAGUCAGAACUUAGGUAUUUUGUUAUUUUUUUUUUCUCUAACGUUAAGGAAUUGUGCUGUACGGGCAGUAUAUGAUAGCAGUUUUCAUGUUUGUUUUUACAUCAAUAUAUCAUUGCCUCAGGUACAUAAUUGUAAUUCUGAUAUUUAGUUGUCUGAUUGCUCAUCUUUAUAUUUAAUGUUUUACGGAGUAGAUGUAUAUAGUAAAGUUGUUCUGGAAUAAAGUUUAUCUGAAAUAUCUAGGUGUUUAUACAGUGCCACUUUACGCAAAACUGUUGCUUUAACAAAAUCAUUCAAGCCCAUGUGUAUAGUAUACACAUGUAUAUUAAAGUAUACAGUAAUUACUCUGAGACAUAUAUUUUGUUAAAUAAGGUCAGAAUGCAGGAAAUAACUUGAUUUGGGGUAAUGUAUAUGAUGGGCUGUGGGAGUAAUGCUUUCCAAAUAAAUCACUUUGCUA